CAGUUGUAGCGCUACCGCCGUUCGGGUCGCACGCGCCGCCGGUCGUUCGCACCGCGGCUCUCGCUCCAGUUGCUGCUGUUGUUGUUGCUGCUAGCGCGGAACAUGUGCUUCGGCUGACCGCACACGCGACUGCACCACUUGGACACAAAGCACCUAGCGGAUACGAAACACGAUGACGACGACGAUGACGACGACGUGUGUACAAACACUGGCCGGAGAGUGAAGGCCGUCGGUGCACGUGCUGUGCGUGUGUCUGUGCGCGAGGCAGAGCGAAGCGGCUCUGCGACGUUCCGUUGAUCGAACGUCGUGGACACUGAGAGAGAGAGAGAGAGAGAGAGAGAGAGAGAGAGAGAGAGAGAGAGAGAGAAAAACUGUCGGCGACGGCAGAUAAUAAAGGACGUUAAUCAAGUGACGAACGUUGAAACCGAUACGUAGCGCCGAUAGAGGAUCCGACUGUCGCUCCGCGAGCACACCGCGGGACAUUAAUUACACACGCGCACACACACACGAGCUUGCAUCGCGUGCGUCGGAGCCUCGAGCAAACGUAAACAUAUCAGAGCUUGACCGCGCAAAAAGCUCGAUAAGAGAGCCAGGCUGGCUCUAAAUCCCCGUUAAUCGGCCGGAAGAGCGGAGACUGCCGGAGGUUUUCUAUUAAUAAAAAGCCUCCGCUCAUCUCGUUUCGCCGAGCGUGAUCACUGCGAGAGCGAGAGUGAGAGGCUGAUUUAAGAGACGCUCGUACGCGUCGUUCUCUGGGCGCUCCAAGCGCGCGAUGUAAACACCCGAAAAGCGCGCGCUUCGGAGGGAUCGACGAACGAUCUGUCGCCGGCGUUUUGCGGCAGCGCCGAUGUAUGGCGUAACGCCCGUGAAUCGUUGAAAAUAGACGCCGCGAGACUUGAGUCGAGGCCAAGUAAAACAAACAUCAGCGCGCGCGCGGCGCUUGCAGUCAUCCCUUUUCUCUCUUCGAUUGUAAAAGGGGAAUAGCGGGAUAGAGAGAGCUCGAUAUACGCGUCGUAAUAAUAUAAGGAGAAAGAGAGCGUGCGAUCCGGUGGCCGCGCAAUGGCCACUUUCGCGUGAUAUCGCGGCCGGAGUUAAAACUCGCGAGUGUUCGACGGUGGGCAUUAAAGCAGAAGACACUGGCUGUCGGAAUGUAAGAGGGAAUAAUAGAGAUGUGAGUGCAGCGAGUGGCUGUGCCGCUUGUCCAGCUGCGGACGAUAUUAUGCGGAGAUGCGAAGCGGCAGGAGGAGGAGGCGAUGAGUACGGCCCGUCAUGUCUAGGCAGACGAAGGACCCGGUGCACAAGUGCCAUUCGGAUCCGGGACAGCAGCAGAACACUGCUGGCAGUGCUGUUAGCGCCGCUGCAGUAGUGACCAGUGCCAGCUGUAGACGAAGCGUCGUCAGCCGAAACUCGGCUCUCGCCGCCACGAGGCACGUGCCCGGAAUAGGGGCCGGCGCGCCGGCCACGCGCAAGUGCGUACUCACCCUAGACGGCUACAGCUACGUUAUCGUUGCAUCCCCGCCAGAACGACGAGACGCGAGGGAGGACAUCGGGCCCGGCGUCGCCGGCAGCAAUGCUAGCGUCAACGCGCCGGUCGGCGUCGGUGGACUCACCGGUCUGCCCUCAUCGGCGGCCAAUCCAAGCUCGACUGCGGCCGUCGGCUUUGCGACGUCGGACUCCGGGAAUGCGACAGCCUCGCCGCACUCGCAGCAACACUCCUCGUCCAACUCCCCAGGCCGCAACGGUCAGCUGCCCAAGCAGGGGACACUGACGAUAACCAGACGAAGCUCCGCUAAAAAUCGAACCAACACAAGCGGCAGCUUCGAGAGUCCCAGUCAUUCCGACAGCCCCGAGACCUAUUCGCGAGGCCAAUCCGUCGACCUCGACGAGAUCCUCGACAAUGUCGAUCUCACGACAGAAUCUCUGCCCGCCGUCGACACUCCGGAUGCCUGUGAUAAGGCAGCCCUCAGGUUGAGGUGCCUUCUACGUAAAUUACAACAUGGUGAAAUAUCUGCGGAUUUACUGCAACGAAAUCUGCACUAUGCAGCUCGCGUACUCGAAGCAGUAUUCAUCGAUGAGACCAAGGUGACCUCGCGAACGUCGCGUAGGGCGACAGGCUUGACGUCGGCGCCCUCGACCACAUCACCACCGCCGGGCGGCGGCUUCGACUCCGAUGGACCGCAGAGCCACGCCGUGGCUACUCAGAAGCGGAAGCUUCGCACCCCCGUGUGGGCCAGAGAAGCAGAGCGUAUGGAGAAGGAAGCCAGCGGCCAGCAAGGCGUGCGUCGUAGGAGGUUGGCCGACGAGGACGAUGAGUUGUCGGAGGUGCAGCCGGACGCGGUGCCGCCGGAGGUGCGCGAGUGGCUCGCCUCGACGUUCACGCGGCAGCUGGCUACGACGAGGCGACGGACCGACGAGAAGCCGAAAUUCCGCACGGUCGCCCACGCCAUCAGGGCCGGCAUUUUCGUCGAUCGCAUCUACAGGCGGGUCACCAACACCACGUUCAUGAAAUUUCCAACGGAUGUCGUUAGGGUUCUCAAGACGCUGGACGAGUGGUCGUUCGACGUGUUCUCGCUGAGCGUAGCAGCGCUGGGCGCGCCGGUCAAGUACUUGGGCUACGACUUGCUCAACCGCUACGGCAUGAUCCACAAGUUCAAAGUGCCGCCGGCUGUGCUCGAGAGCUUCCUCGUAAGGGUCGAGGAGGGCUACUGCAGGCAUCGCAAUCCCUAUCACAACAACCUUCACGCGGCCGACGUCGCCCAGACAAUGCACUACAUCCUCUGCCGUACCGGCUUGAUGAAUUGGCUGACGGACCUGGAGAUCUUCGCGACGCUCGUGGCUGCCCUUAUCCACGAUUACGAGCACACGGGCACGACCAACAACUUCCACGUUAUGUCCGGAAGCGAGACAGCCCUGCUGUACAAUGACCGGGCGGUACUGGAGAACCAUCACAUCUCGGCGAGCUUCCGCAUACUGCGCGAGGACGACUGCAACAUCUUGCAGAAUCUCUCGAAGGAGGAGUUCCGGGAGUUCCGAACUCUGGUGAUCGACAUGGUCCUGGCGACCGACAUGAGCUUUCACUUCCAGCAGCUAAAGAACAUGAAGAAUCUGUUGAGCCUCGCUGAGCCGAGCGUCGACAAGAGCAAGGCCGUGAGCCUCGUGCUUCACUGCUGCGACAUCUCGCAUCCUGCCAAACGAUGGGACCUGCAUCAUCGGUGGACAAUGCAGCUUCUGGAGGAAUUUUUCCGCCAAGGCGACAAGGAAAAGGACCUCGGCCUACCUUUCUCUCCACUCUGCGACCGAAACAAUACUCUGGUAGCUGAAUCUCAAAUAGGCUUCAUCGAGUUCAUCGUCGAGCCCAGUAUGCAAGUCUGCAGCGACAUGCUAGAAACGAUUCUAGCUCCGCUCAACGCCAAGGAGAGCGUCGACGAAUCCAGCGAUAAGCCAGCAGCGGCCGAGAAGAAAUUCCAGAUCGUCAAGCCUUGGUCAGCGUGUCUCGCGGAAAACAAGCGAAGCUGGAAGGAGCAAGCCGUCAGAGACGCCGAACUCAGGGCACAAAGGGAACAAGAGAAGAAGAAGGAAGAGGGCGAGGCGACGGCUGGCAACAACGGCAGCAACGCCGACGAUACACAGCCGACCGCGGAAUGAUCCAUUCGAAAUAAGGAAUAUUUUUUGUAAAGUGAAUAUAAUCACGACCACGAGCUCGCUAUCAAACAGUAUUAAUACACAGCGUCGAGGGAUAUGUGCAGAGCAAAGCUUCUCUAUGUAUUAAAUGCCUAUAGGUCGUAUGCAUUAUGAUUAUGAUUUGUCGUCGAGAAAUUUUCGUUAGAUCGCAAUAAACGUCGCUUACGUUGAUUUGGGUUACUUUGUGUUGUAUACCGGCUAUAUAGGACUAACAUCAGCAAUAUUGUAUACUUAAAAUGUCAUCGUCAAAGUUUAUAUAUAGUACUCGACUUAUAUCGACGCUUCUUACAUGCAUCUCAGACUGAAAGCACACUUAUUUACCUGUAUAUUAUAAAUUUACGUGUAAACCAUUCUUCCGACCCCACACACAGUACGAUUGUUUGCCCAACGUGGCUCGACAUCGAUACGUUUCGUUUUCGUGUAUAAUAGCGACGGUAGUGUAACUUAAAGGAACAUUCAGUAUAACUCCGAGUUAGAGCGUGUGAAAGUAGAGUGAUUUGCACAAAAAUAUAGAGAUUAACAAUAAAGAGCGAGAGAUGGACGUUUACUUCGACGAUCGUAUAUAAUAAUCAAGGUACAUAAUUUUCCUCUACCUCUAUAUACACAUAUACAGUGCGAGGGAGGAGGGCUAAAAAUCUCAAGUGACUCGCGCGACGAGAGUCUUUUGUGCAGCGUCGAAAUAAUGAGAGGGGAGGCUCGCGUAACCGUAUAGCAGUCUCUCUCUCUCUCUCUCUCUCUCCCGCAGCGCUCGAAAAGAUGAUCGGAUUUCAGAGAGACGGAAAGCGAGAGGGAGAGCGCGGCUAUGUGGGACAAAAGACGGCGAUGCACAUCGUCGCGCUUCAUGGGGGGAGGGGGGGGGGGGAGAGGGAGAAAAGCCAGCCAGUGCGCGAACUUCAAACUCUCUCUCUCUCUCUCUCUCUCUCUCUCUCUCUCUCUCUCUCUCUCUCUCUCUCUCUCUCGUAUACCCGUGCAUAUAUAUAAGGGAAAAAAGACGUCGUCAGCCGCCGCGAAGGGACUACUCAUCGUUAGACACUAAUCGAUCAUCUUUCGCGUGUAAAUACUGGAAUAUAUUUGCGGAGAUGGAGAGAUCGCGGUAUUGAAGUAUGUGAGCAAGAAUACUCGAUUAUAUUAUUAUAUAGCGUUAUUGUUGUUGUUAUGUUACUCGUUUUUAAGAUGUGUACCUUUUUUUGCACUGCGUUGCGUUUAUCGAGCGAAUUUUCGAAGAAACUUUCUGAAGAUGAUUUCGUUAGAACAGUCGAGUGCGAAAACUUUUACGGCGGAAUUUCUUUCUGUACUUAUCGUUGAAGUGAUUUGGCCGUUCCGAUGCGUACAGUGUCAGUUUUAGUUAUCGAGCGGGACGUCAGGAUUGUGUUCUAGAGAAAAUAUGUAAAACUUCAUCGACGUCGCUUGUAUGAUUCUCUACUUUUUCCUUGAGAAAAUCAGUUUCGAGUCGAAAAGUUCUUGCGAAGAUCCUUUAAACGAAGUUAUAAUAUAUCUCCGAAGUAUAAUUAAUAUACAGAAAAUAAAUUUGAUAUAAGAUAUUCGUACCAAUUAAUCGCCUUUUCAGAGCAUCUUUUAUUACUACUACAUAUAUACUUUUACGUAUAUAACAAUCAAAAUAGUUUUAAUAAGCCGACACCCGUACGAGAAAUCCGUCACGUAUGUAUAUUAAAUGAGAUACUCUUCAUUCGCUAUACACAUAAAUAUAAUUAGCAUAAAGUAAAAGAAGAAAACCAAAACAGUGUAAUGAAACAAACAACUUUUCCAUCAACGGCUGAACGUAAAAAUCCAAACGCGUUGGUACAUGUGUAUACCGUGCACAACGUCGAAACCACACACUCACGUAAAAGUAUAAAAAUAUGAACAAAAGCUCACGCAUGUAAGACAGAGAGCAAGUCUGUCCAGCGAAUAGUGUAUACGUAUAUAUACUUAAUAAUAAUAAGCGAUGCUGCAAGUCAAGCGCGCUUUGUAUGUUCAAGUACGCAAAAAUAUCUAUACGAUAUAUAGUAUAUUAUAUAAACAAUAAAUAAAGUAAAUACGGAUGACACAUUGUGUGAACACAGGCGCGUCACGACGAUCGCUAGCCUUACGCGGCCGCGAGUCGCUCACUGGAAGACAAUGUGUGAGAGAGAGAGAGAGAGAGAGAGAGAGAGAGAGAGAGAGAGAGAGAGAGAGAGAGAGAGAGAGAGGCGAGAGAGUAUUUUCCAAGCCCUCGCGAUUGAUCGCCGAGGUGGUGUCCACCCUCCCACGCUUAUAUAAUAAUAAUACGCAUCUCGCGCGGGCGCGAGUCCUCUGAUAUUAUAUACUAUUUAUAAAAUACGCCAUCGUUAAAAUUUCGCGCGCGCCAGAGACGGGGAGAGCUUUAGCGAAGAGCGAACGCUAGACUCAACCUAUAAGUAUAUAUGUAUAUGUAGCCGCCCUUUCACACACGCGGGCGUGUGUGUGUGUCUGCUCGAUUCGCUUUUCGCUUUCCCUCUCUCUCUCUCUCUUCCUUCCGAUGAAUUUCGCGCCUCAUCUCCGCCCGGGAUAAAGCUUUCGCUCAAUUUUCAUUAUGAGCCUGAGAUUGGACGUUCUGCCCUAAACCCACACCCCGCGAGCCCUUUAGUCGACGCGCACUGAGCGAGAGGAGAAAUUUACCAAAAAGACGGAGGAUGUGCUUUUGUUAUAUAUAAGGUUCGGUUGACGCUUUUCGCGCGCUCGAGUUUCCCGCUUUCGCAGCUCGACUUGAUUCGAUUCCAUCGAUCGAGCUUGAUUGAACGGACGUUUCUUCUUUUCUUUAGAGGGGAUUUUAUUAUUCUCUCAAUUGGAAAAUCAUUCGCGCUUCGCCGAGCAGCAAUUCCAGAGUUAUGAGUAGGUGUCGCGUAUAUAAUAUGAAAAUUUAUUUGACUUGCGCAGUUUUUGUUUAGAUUAUAUUAAAACAAAGACGACUACCUUUUCUUCUGAUUCUAUGAACUUUCUUUCACCUACAAUCUUCUGCUCUCGAAUUAAAAAUGCAGCUUUUCAACAUCCACAUACUUACUCGUAAAAUACUCAAACACAAAAGCUUGUUUAACUUUCGCAAAGCAAACAUCGGUAUAUCUGUCAAAACGAGCACGCAAAGCAGAAAUAACAAUGUUUACAAUUCGUCUUCUUUCUUUGUUUGAGAAAACGAAUGAAGCAGCUCGAUUCUGCAGUUAAGUCCAAAGUCAAACAAAUACAUAAAAGAGAGUAAUCGCCGCGUAAACGCCUGCAUGCACAGCUGCAAAACCGGCUGAGGAAUGAAGAUUUAAAUAUUUUAAGACCAAAAAAUGAACAAAGAUAUGAGAAAGUCCGUAAAUUCGCUACAUAAAAAAGUCGCUCGUCGUAUACCUACUAUCCUCGGAUCGCAUAAACUUGAACGACGAGACUUUCUCGCGAGUAAAUUCUUUCGGGCCAAAAGAGUAAUACAUCCUGAAACAUCUGAAGGCGGGAAAUUUUUGAUCGCGUAUAUCGAUUUCCAAAUAUCUCACAGGCGACGGCGUAAACCCUCGUCUUUCAUCUUAGCGAGAGAAAUGUCGAGUGUAUGUACAUAUAACCUGAGAAUUUUAGAUUGGAAUAAAAGCUAUUUUAAAAACUAA